AUGUCCUAUUUUAGAGUGAUUUGUAGCGGUCUACUGGAUUCUCAUACACGGUGUCCCUCUCGUGUCUGUCUGCAGUGUCUUCUGUCCCAGCCUAAGUUCUGGGCUGUAGAAGUCUCGGCGCUGUGCCUCCGGACCAAACUGGAGAAGGGGAGCUCCAGAUGUGUGGAGAGAGCCAUGCUGCAGACCCAGGCGAUAGUAGACCACUUUGAAGACAAGAACUGUCCCGUGACCGAGAGGCUGAAGGGGUUCUAUUUCUGCCAAGCCCCCCCCAGAUGGGCUGUCCAGAAACAGCUGGCCAGCCUGCUGACGGACCUCGGCUGCACCAGCUCAGCCCUGCUCCUAUAUGAGAAGCUGGAGCUCUGGGAGGAUGUAGUUAUCUGCUAUGAGAGGCUGGGCCAACACGGCAAGGCUGAGGAGAUAGUUCGCCGGGAGUUGGAGAAGAAGGAGCUGCCCAGUCUGUACUGCUUGCUGGGAGACAUCCUGAGGGAGCAUCAGUACUACGACCGUGCGUGGGAGCUGUCGGGCCGCCGCAGUGCCAGAGCCAUGCGCUCCAAAGCCCUGCUGCACCUCCGCAACAAAGAGUUCCAGCAGUGUGUGGACUGCUUUGAGCACUCACUGCAAAUCAACGGCAUGCAGCUCGGUGUGUGGUUUUCCCUGGGUUGUGCCUACCUUGCCCUGGAGGGCUAUGAGGGAGCUGCCAGGGCUUUUAAGAGGUGUGUGGGACUAGAGCCAGAUAAUGCAGAAGCAUGGAACAACCUCUCUACAGCCUACAUUCGCCUCCAGAAGAAGAACAAAGCCUUCUGUACCCUGCAGGAAGCCCUGAAGUGUAACUAUGAGCACUGGCAGAUCUGGGAGAACUUUAUCGCUGUGAGCACGGACGUCGGGGCGUUUGCUGAAGCCAUCCAUGCCUACCAUCGCCUGAUGGACCUCAGGGAAAACUACAAGGACAUCCAGAUUGUGCAGAUCCUGGUCCGAGCUGUUGUUGAGAACGUGACCGACAGCCAGGGGGAGCAGGCGGCGACGCUCUGCUCCAAACUCAAGGAGCUGCUGGGCCGGAUCAGUUCCCGCCACAGCAGUGACUGUGAGAUAUGGCAGCAGUACGCUCUGCUGUACGAAGACGGACGCAGCUCCAACCCAGAGGACAACGAAAAGGCUCUCCAGUUCCUGUCCAAGGCUCAUCGCUGCAAGCUUCAGGCUGGGGGCUGGGAGAAGGAUGCUGGUCUCUUCAAGGAGGUGGUCCUAAGAGCCAUCAACAUGGGGGAAGUGACCAUCAGCUGCUGCAAGAAGAAGAGUAAUCCAACAGAAGCUCUUCAGAUGCUCUCCUCCACCCGCCUCAGCCUGAAGAGUCUGGCCACCAAGGCUAAGCAAAUGCACACAGAUGUGUCCACGGGUCAGAUCCACGGCGAGCUGCAGGACGCCGUCGCUGCUCUGGAGCAGCUGCUCACAGAGCUGCAGGAGCUGGGGGGGGCGCUGCGGGGCCAGUCACAGUGAGCUGGAUGCUGUCACAGCCAAUCACAGUGAGCUGGAAGCUGACGCUGUCACAGCCAAUCACAGUGAGCUGGAUGCUGCUCAACCAGAGACUAACUAACCAACCAGAGACUCAGCUGCAGUCAUCUGCCCUAUGUAAAUCAAGAUUUUUCCAUGUGAGCACUGAGAAUAACAAAGAUAAGGUUUGGAAUGGUAUCGUGGAAUCGUGAUGUUUUUAUACCUCUAUAUCCACAAUGGAAUGGAAACGAUGACUGCAAGGCAUCAAAUAAUAAAGUAAUCUUUAAAAUAUGGAA